GUACUGAUUACCAUCAGGACAAUAGAAAUACUUUACGUUUAAGGUUCCCCCCCUUAGAGUUGAGUUAGUUCAAAACAAUCAAAUCAGAUGAUGGAAGGAAGUGCUCCCCACUACCGGAGGCAAUAUCUGGCCGCAUUCGUUGCCACCCUCGGUGCAUUUUCGAUUGGCACUUCGUUCGGUUGGAGUGCCCCCGUGGAGCCCCGAAUUCUGGACGAUGGCGAGCUGGAAUUCCCCGUAGAUGGGCAGGAAUUUGCCUGGGUCGUUGCGCUGAUGGCCCUUGGUGGUGCGGUCAUUAGCUUGCCGGCCGGACUCGUCGUGCCGGUCAUGGGCGCUCGCAAUACGCUGCUGCUUUUUGUGGUACCGGCGGCGGUUGGUUGGGCCCUCAUCCUGGCCGCCUCAAGCGUCCCAAUGCUGCUGGUGGGUCGUCUGUUUACCGGUUUUGGCGCCGGUGCGUUCUGCAUGGUCGUUCCCAUCUACAUCGGUGAAAUGGCGUCCGCCGAGAUCCGGGGCACCGUGGGCUGCUUCUUUCAGCAGAUGAUUAAUUUGGGCAUUCUGUACGUGUACGUGCUCGGCAUAGCCGUGGACGUGUUCCGGUUGGGCGUCCUCUGCGCGCUCGUCCCAAUCGUCUACGGGGUGCUGUUUGUCUUUAUGCCAAACACACCCACGUACCUGGUACUGCGAAAUAAUGAAGCGAAAGCACUGGCCUCAAUCAAGUGGCUUCGCGGGUCUCAUUUCGAUGCGGCCGGUGAAGUUCGCGACAUUCAACGGAGCCUCGACGGCCGCCACAAAACAGAACGGCGCUGCACCGUGUGGAGGUCGUUCCGUGAACCGGCUACGGCACGGGCCCUGGCCACGAUGGUGGGGCUCAUGUUCUUCAUGCAAACGUCCGGCAUCAACGCGGUGCUGUUCUACUCGACGUCGAUCUUUCAGGCUGCCAACGUGGCCAUCAAGCCCGAGCUGGCCACAAUCCUGCUCGGGUUGCUGCAGGUGCUGGGAACACUGCUUUCCGCGUUGCUGGUGGACCGACUGGGUCGUCGCCUUCUGCUGCUGGCCUCCAGUGGGACCAUGUGCGCCAGUGUCCUCGCUCUCGGAGUGUACCUGCAUCUGCUGGUGGUCAACCCGACCCAGGUGGACUCGCUGGGCUGGAUCCCCGUGCUGACCCUGUGUCUGUACGUGACACUGUUCUCCGUAGGCCUCGGACCCGUACCGUGGUUGAUGCUCGGUGAAAUCUUCCCCAACGACGUGAAGGGACCCGCAAGUGCACUGGCCAACAUCACCAGCUUCGGACUGUCAUUUGCCAUGUCCCGGUUGUUUCCGUUGGCACGGGACGGUAUCGGUAGUGGUCCAACGUUCGUGAUUUUCGCCGGGUUUUGCCUGCUGGCGAUGGUGUUUGUGGCGCUGGUUGUCCCGGAAACAAAGGGCAAAUCACUAGCUGAUAUACAAAAAAUGCUGGCAGGUGGUAGUUUUACGAAUUAGGUUAGUUAGAAAUCAUCACAACGACAAAGACUACCGACUCAGUCUCCAACAGCAACUCCCGUACAAAGUUGAUGAGCAUAAGCCGACUCCGGCCGUCUACGCCAGCUACCCUAUUUCCCGUCAACAAUCGACAAUCACGAAACUAACGAAAUUCAACGGCGUCUAGACGUCGCCAGCAGAUAUGAUUACAAUA